ACUCCCCUUGCCCGCCUCAGUCAAAAUUUGAAAUGCCACUUCUGAAUCUAUUUCUAUUACCCCAUAAAGUUGCCAUUUUUAAUUGAGUGGUUUUCUUGAACUCUGAACCCCUUUUCCCCUUUUCCUCUUAUCUUUUUCUCCUCUCCUGCCCGUUACAAAUCUUUCAUCUUCGUGUUGUUCUCUUCUCUUCUCAGUGAAAUUUUGAAAAUUUCAGUUCUUGGGAGAAAAAAUGGGGAGUUGUUUGAGUAAGAAGAACACUUCUUGUUCUUCUUCUAAGUCUACUUCUACUUCUACUGUUUCAAAUACAAAUCAAGAAAUUGUUAAAAAUAGUACCCAAGUGGAGAACAAGAAAGAAGUAGAAGGAGAAAGUGUGAAAAAAGAGAUCUUUGUUAUUAAACACAGAAAAAGCCAUGAAGUGGAUAGGAAGACUGAAGAAGAAAAGGGUAUGGUUAAAAAAGGAAUUGAAGUAGUUGAGACUGUGAAAAAUGGUAUUAGUAAUAGCAAUGGUGGGUUAGGGUUAGGCAAAGAGAAUGGUAUUGUUGUAUCGGCUCCUGUGAGGACUUCAAGUUGUACUAAAGAAGAGGUUGAUGCUAUUUUGAUACAAUGUGGGAGGCUUAGCAGGAGUUCAUCUACUGGAAAGACAGGGGUUUUGGGUUCUAGUGGAUCUAUUGAUACUCCUCAAAGGAGUAGAAAGUACUCUGGUUCCAAGAGGAGUUUUGAUUUUGAGAAUGACAAUGGUAAUGAGGGGAUGCAAGAAAAUGUAGUGGAUUGUGAGGAUGAUGGGGUUGUUGGGAAUGGAGUUCGUCGCCAUAGGCAACGCCAGCGUCAGCCUAGAACCCCUAAUUCUUUGUCUCAGGGACGGAGGAGAACCCCGAGUAGGGAGAGAGACCAGGCGCAACAGCAGCAGCGGUCGGGGAGUAGUAGAGAAAGAGGCAGCAGUGGAGGAGGGGGUAGAAGGGUGAGCAGAUCUCCUGGUAGAAGAUCUGACUCACCAAUUACUACUACCACAAAUGGUGGUAAUGUGGCUUCUGCUAAUGCUAAUGGAAAUAAUGGUGGUAGGCCAGGGAAGAUGGUAUCUGUACCUGCUACUGUUUCAUCUAUGGUGAUGGAUAAGAGCAUUGAUGCUGGUGGAACUGACAAUAUAUCUGCUGCUGCUGUUAAGAGGAUUCAAGUGAAGAGAAAUGCAGGUGGCGACGGACCAAGAACUGCUGCAUCUCCGCGUGCUCGGUCACCAGCAAGGGUGAAUGCAAAGGUGUUGAAUGAGAGAGAUAACAAUGCUCAUUCCAACCAAAAUCAACAGCAGCCCAUGUCCCUUAGCCGUAGCAAUUCAAGGAAACACGAGCAAUCUCCCUACAGAAGAAAUCCUCUCAGUGAGAUUGACACCAAUGUUGUCUUGGAGCAGAUGCCCGCGCCAGGACUGAAGGUCCCUUCCCAGAAGUUGAAUGCAGAAACUGUGAGCAAUGGCAAAGUCAAGGAGCAGCAGCAUAAUGUUGCAAUGAAUGUGAUUGUUUCAGGACCCGAAAGCCAUAAACCCCAGAGAAGCAGGUCUUUAAGGCUAUCUAGGGACCUAGAUAUCAAUCCUGAAGCUCUCUCAAAUCCUCCUCAAUCAUAUACUGCACUGUUGCUUGAGGACAUCCAAAACUUCCAUCAAAAGACUAAUACCACCACCCCUGCAUUUUCACUACCACCUUGUGUAACAAAAGCUUGCUCAAUUGUUGAUGCAGUUGCUGACCUGAACUCAACCACUAGCUCCAAUCUGUCCAGUGCUUUCUCCGAUGACAGGAGAAGAAACCCCACAUCUGAGCAAUUUAGUCAGAAUGAUAAUGCUUCUUUUGAUCCUCUAGGGAAGAAGAAGUUAGGGAUCAAGGAUCCCUUCAUGGAGUCUGAAGUUGCUGUGAGUGGUGACCUAAUGGAGCCAAGCAUACAGAAGUAUGUAACUUUCAGAAGGGGAACUGAUAUGGAAGAACAAGAAUCCUCAGGAAGCAACAGUGUUGUUGGUGGUCAGCAAAAUUGGCUUUCCCCUUCCUCAUGGGAACCAAAUUCGGCUGAUUCAACUGACUGUUGGCCUUCUUCAAAAUCCUACAGUAGAGAUGAUAACAAGAGUCCUCUAGGCUUUCAAAGGCAUGCAAUAUCUGAGAUUGGCCAUGACAUGGAAGAAGGAAAAAGAAGAGUGAAUGUGAAGAGGAGGGAAUCUGACAACCAGCAAACAGGAAUAGGCCGUGGCAGGGUUGGACUUAGAGGAGGGAUUUCUAUGCCUGCUUCUACUUAAAGCAUCGAAGAAUUUGUUAAGAUGUAUGCAGUUUGUUUUAGAAUAGAAUUUUUAGUUGUGGUUGCACACUUUGCAGCCUUUUGUUUUCAUUGAAGAUUGUACGCUUUGCAACCUUUCGUUUUCGUUGAAUGUUGUCUGCAAAUGAUUUACUUUUGAAGCAAAAUGUAAUUCAUCUACCGCCUACUCGUGGGAUCUGUGUCACAGUUAUUCUUUGAAGUGCUAAAAUUGGAGCAUCACUUUAAUGUAGGGAACAAAAGCAUACAAACAAACAUGUGUAAUAGUUAGUCAUUUGGAUGCACCAUUUCAAAUUGACUUCAGAGAUAGCAAUUAGAAUUCCCUGCAAAAGAUGAGAAUAUCAUUUAUCCUAUAAAAGUCCCUUUCCUACACCUGAUAUGUAUAUAGCACACAGUUGGAUUUUGGAACUGCCAGUGAGUUAGUUCCAAUUCGCAUAUCAUUCUUGAUGGGAGUGUCAACCUUGAGCACUUCCAUAUAAGCUAUUUGUUCUCUUUGGACAGGAGGAGGAUGCCAACUAUUCAUCUAGUGUCACUUUUAUACUUAACCAUGUAUAUUGCAAUAAUCAUAGCAAUAGAUGCUCUUAUUAUCUGCUUAGGCCACAGCCAUGAAGGUCUCACCAAGAUACAGGAAUUAAGUAAACUAGGCAGAAGACUGAAGAAGUAAGAAAAGUAAUCAAAUAUUGAACUUCUUUGGAGUGCAAAAGUCAUAGCAAAAAGCUCAAAUAAAGUGAUUGUACUUCACAUUAUAUCAAGAUUGAAAUACUCAUAGUAAUUGUAUUACCUUGUUCAGCAGAGAAGCCUCACAACACUAAAGUUGACCUAUAGGUCACGGUAGGCUGCCUACAUCACGCCCCUUUGAGGUGCAGUCCCUCUUCGAACCUUUGUGCACCGAGCUGCCCUUUUUAAUUAUAUUGCCUUGUUCAUGAAUUUCUUUUGGAUACUGAUAAUUCUGCUCCUUUCACAUCAAACCAGUAAGAUCAAAAUAAGUAAAGAGGAAACAGAUCACUUAUUUAUAUCAAUCCAAAAUAGUAUGAGUAAACAGUGUCAACAGAUAUUGAAAAAAAAAUCUGUAAAAAAAGGAA